CACACACACACACACUUCGCAGUCUCCUGAGCAGUGACUCAGGCCGGCAUGUUGGGUGUUGCUGGAGGUUUCCUGACCUCUUGGUGUGGACAGAGGCAGGAGGACAAAGAAGGUGUCUGAUCUGGAGCAGUCAUGAGUAUCAGACAUGUUACCUGGAGAUCAUUUACCUGCGGACGAGGAGGAAGACCGGAGCAACCCGACCGAAGGUAGUGCGUCUGUAAAAUCACCACAGGAAAUCCUUUCAGCACGUGACCCCGUGAGCAGAGGAAACACCACCCACACUGACCUCAUCAGCACCCAGCCUCUGCCUGCCUCACCGGGGGUGGCGGGGCGGAGCAGGCCUCAGUGUGACCCCCAGAAGCCCACCUGCCCACGAUGUGGCCUCGCGGUGCCAGACCACAGACUCCUGCCCGUUCACCGGGACCUGAGCGGCCUGCAGGGCUCCAGCCUGACGGUGCACAGCAGCAGCAGCAGCAGCACAGGCGGCGGCAGGAGGAAGAAGAAGAACAGGAGCCGGGGCAGUGUGGCCAGCUCACACCAACCUGCAGCCACACCAAGUGACUUCUGUUUUCACCUGCUGCUGGCGUGCCUGUCGUGCCAGUGCUCCGUGGUGCUCUCGGGCGUGCUGGAGGCCUGCUCCUCCUGCCUCCACGCCCUCUGCUCCUCUUGCUGCCACGGCUGCGCCCGCUGCUGCUCGGCCAUCCGGGAGGCGCCCGUGGAGGAGCUCAACUGCCACGCCCACUGCCACUCUGUCCUGUUCGAGUCCUGCUGUGAGCCGACGGAGUGUCUCGAGUUUUGCCUCGAGUGCUGUGAGAUCUGCCACCGCAGCUAGGAGGCAUCUGGACCUGCCCCGGGCCGGAGGACUCGUUUCCAGGCGACUUGUGGAGACGAAUGUGGGAUUCGUUAGUACUACGAUCAUGUCGCUUUUGCCCACACGUCGUCUCGAUGACCUCGUUGUGAACGGCACAAACUCAUUCUUUGCGAUCAGAUUUGUUUCUACUACGACUUCUAUUAUCUUUACGCCUUUUGUUGCAGAAAUACUUAUUGUUUUACUUGCGUCAAACUACCAGACUAAGGAUUGAUUUAACUUCAAUGCUUCAAGUGACAAAAACAUUCCUAAUAUGACCGAUCAAAAAAAAUUGGUGAACGUUGUACAUUUAAGGAGAUAAAUCCAUUACUUUCAUCGCAGAGAGUUAAAGGAAAAGAUUGUUACCUCAAACUAUAGCCGUGGGACAACCUUAGCAUAAAGACUGGUAGCAGGGAUACGACCAGCCUGGCUCAGUCGGUUUACAGGUCUUGGGGAAGGACCAGUGCAUGUGAAAAAAGUUGUACAAAGCCUUUUGUGACUUCAGACAGUGCCUGACAUCACCUCUGCUCUUUGUAGGCGUUUUAACAAGGAAGAUAUGCUGAAAAAAAAAAGACAUUGGGGCACCUGGCAAGUGUCAUGGCUAUUGUCAGACCAACGCAGUUGUUCUGUCCAGGGCGUGUGUUGGUCUAAAAGUGACAUGUGGUCCUGCGCGUUGCUAUCUUGAGGCAGCCGAUUGUGCCGUUAAAAUUGUCUAUAAAACAGUAUCCCAGUGUUUCGCUGUUAUUUGAGGGGCACAUUAUUAGGAUAGUAACACGCUCCUACUGUACAUAGGCGGGUGCACAACGCUCGCACUCCCCUGUAGAGAAGCGUUCUAUCUCUUACUACAUGGCUUUUAACGGCUUUUAAAGAGAAUGGGAGUUGGUCCGAUGCAUGCCACACCCGAAACAUCCCCUCGAUUAAUUAAGAGACUAAGAGCAACCAUUUCAAUCCAUGCGUGCGCCUGUCGCAGCGACCUUUUGUACCACUGUUAAACGGACAAAAUGGAUUUGAAAACACCCUAAAAGCACUUGUGCCAUGCGCUUUAACCACGGACACAGAUUGUUAAAUAAUGGCCUGUUAUGUCCGAUUCUACAGCAUCGAUUUUUCUUUAUUCGUCUAAGCUGACUAGAGGAAGAAAAGAAUAACCUCUGAGGGGAUUUUUUUUUUUUAGAAAAACAGAUUCAAGGACCUUUUUUCGAAAUAUUGACGGAAAUUUACCAAGGUCAUUUGUUCCGUCUGUUAAAUAUCUUUGGAGUGACAGGGCGGGACUUGCUAAUACUCUGGUGUUGUUGUUAGUUCCAUCGCAGCACAAUCAAUAGAAAAGCGCAAAUGGUAUAGAAAGACCCACAAGCAUGUACCAGCUACAGUGCUUUAAAGAUUCAGACCCUGUUCCACAGAAGUGCCUUUUGUUUGUACAUGAAGUUGCCUUAAAUGACUUUGACCCAGCGAGACCCAGAACCUGAGGGGUCUGCCCUCUUUGCUCGCACUUGUUUGGGAUCUCAUGUUGUAAAGAUUGCAGGUUUGACUUCUCCCCGCGCGGCUCUUUGCGGCUGACGAACAGGCCGACAAAAAACUUGUCAGCUCUCUCUUGAAUCCCUUUUUCAUAUUUGUCAUACGAAAGCACUUAGAACAUAAAAGGAUGCUCACUCUCUCCAGAUCUUGGAAGAUUGAAGCAGGCUCCUUUGAAGUCACCGCGCGCGGGGCGACGGCAGAGAGGCAGAGUAAACAGCCAAAAAUAAAACAAAGCGGCGAUGAAGACAACGCUGUCAAUCUGUCCGGACGAGCCAAGAGGCCCGUUUAAAUCGUGUUAGAGCGAGUAAAUCGAAUCUAAGUAUCUCCUUUGCCCACAACACAUUUGGAUUCAGCUAGUGACAAGGAACAGCGGUGAUGUCUGAUUUAGAGCAUGGCGAGCGCACACCAACAAAUAAUAAACACUCAGGGUUUGUUCCACUUGUCCCCCUCAAUUUGUCACACCCUUUACCCACACCUGACGUCUACCUCCGCAAAUCACAAACGGAUGAUAUUGUCAGGGUGAAUUCACAUUCCUACACACGCUUCAGCCACAACGGUUCUAGGCUGGAUGCAUCUAUUGGCCUUUCAUUUGAAAUCACCUCUGAAAUAAAUAAUCAUUUUGAUAAAAAAAAAAAAACGAUGCAAAGAU